UUUCCUGCGCUGCGCGCGGACGGGCGCUGAGCUCGCUCCCCGCUUCGCCGGCCCCGACCCGCGCCCCCGGCCGCGCCCGUCCGCCCAGCGGUCCCUCCUCCGCGCCAGGCUUGUCGCCGUCGCAGCCGCCGCCAGGAGAGCCGGAGCCGGGAGCCGGGCAGGCAGGGGGCGCGGGCCGGGGGCGGCGGGGCUUUCAGGCGGGGCCGGGCUGGGCGCCGGGUUGGGUCUGUGGUGACCGUGCCGCCCGGGUGAUGCCCGCGGGGACGCCGCCAGCCGCCGGAACGAGGUGCUGCCCGCCGCCACCAUGACCGAGGGUGCGCUGGCAGCCGACGAGGUCCGAGUACCCCUGGGCGCGCCUCCCCCUGGCCUUACGGCGGCAGAGGCGUCCCUGGCGAGCCCUGGGGUGCCGGGGCGCGAGGGAGAGCAGGGGUCCGAGCCCAGCGCGUCGCCUCCCGAGAGUCCGGCAGCUGAGCGCGGCGUGGAACUGGGCACCGACGAGGAGCAGCCUGUCCCGUACCCGGCGCUGGCGGCCACGGUUUUCUUUUGCUUAGGGCAGACCACGCGGCCGCGCAGUUGGUGCCUCCGACUGGUCUGUAAUCCAUGGUUCGAGCAUGUCAGCAUGCUGGUCAUCAUGCUCAACUGCGUGACCCUGGGCAUGUUCCGACCCUGUGAGGACGUUGAGUGCCACUCAGAGCGCUGCGCCAUCCUGGAGGCCUUCGACGACUUCAUCUUUGCCUUCUUCGCUGUGGAGAUGGCCAUCAAGAUGGUCGCCCUCGGUUUGUUUGGUCAGAAGUGCUACCUGGGUGACACAUGGAACAGGCUGGACUUCUUCAUCGUCAUGGCAGGCAUGAUGGAAUACUCUCUGGAUGGACACAAUGUGAGCCUCUCCGCCAUCCGGACCGUGCGUGUGCUGCGACCCCUUCGGGCCAUCAACCGUGUACCCAGCAUGCGGAUCCUGGUCACCUUGCUUUUAGACACACUACCCAUGCUGGGAAACGUCCUCCUGCUCUGCUUCUUUGUCUUCUUCAUCUUUGGUAUCGUUGGAGUCCAGCUCUGGGCCGGUCUGCUGCGGAACCGCUGCUUCCUGGAUAGUACCUUCGUCAGGAACAACAACCUGACCUUCCUGCGGCCGUACUACCAGACGGAGGAGGGUGAGGAGAACCCGUUCAUCUGCUCCGCACGCCGUGACAACGGCAUGCAGAAGUGCUCUCACAUCCCAGGCCGCCGUGAACUGCGUGUGCCAUGCACGCUGGGCUGGGAGGCCUAUGGGCAGCCACUGGCCGAGGCAUCAAGUGGUACCUCCCACAAUGCCUGCAUCAACUGGAACCAGUACUACAAUGUGUGCCGCUCAGGUGACUCCAACCCACACAACGGCGCCAUCAACUUUGACAACAUCGGCUAUGCUUGGAUUGCCAUCUUCCAGGUGAUCACGCUGGAAGGCUGGGUGGACAUCAUGUACUACGUCAUGGAUGCCCACUCCUUCUACAACUUCAUCUAUUUCAUCCUGCUCAUCAUCGUGGGCUCCUUCUUCAUGAUCAACCUGUGCCUGGUGGUGAUCGCCACGCAGUUUUCAGAGACAAAGCAGCGUGAGAGCCAGCUGAUGAGAGAGCAGCGGGCACGCCACCCAUCCAACGACAGCACGCUGGCCAGCUUCUCAGAGCCAGGCAGCUGCUACGAGGAGCUGCUCAAGUACGUGGGCCACAUCUUCCGGAAGGUCAAGCGACGCAGCCUGCGCCUCUGUGCCCGCUGGCAGAACCGCUGGCACAAGAAGGUGGACCCCAGCAGUGCCCUGCAUGGGCAGGGCCCCGGGCACCGGCAGCGCCGGGCAGGUGGACGUGCAGCUUCUGUCCAUCACCUGGUCUACCACCACCACCACCACCACCACCACCACUACCACUUCAGCCCCAGCAGCCCCCGUGGGCCAGGCCCGGAGCCAGGAGCCGGGGACACCAGGCUGGUGCGGGCAGGCAGACCCCCCUCGCCAUCCUCCCCAGGCCAUGGGCCACCUGACACGGAGUCUGUGCACAGCAUCUAUCACGCUGACUGCCAUGUGGAGGGGCCACAAGAGAGGGCCCGGGUGGCACAUGCCACUGCCGCCACGAGCCUCAAGCUGGCCGCAGGACUGGGUGCCAUGAACUACCCCACCAUCCUGCCCUCAGGGCCAAAUGGUGGCAAAGGUGGCACCAGCCCUUUGCCCGAAGGGAAGCAGGCUGGCCCACGCCCCUACGAGAAGAUCCAGCAUGUUGUCGGGGAACAUGGCCUGGGCAGGGCCUCCAGCCACCUGUCGGGCCUGAGUGUGCCCUGCCCCCUGCCCAGCCCCCAGGCAGGCACGCUGACCUGCGAGUUAAAGAACUGCCCAUAUUGCGCCAGCGCCCUGGAGGACCCUGAGUUUGAGUUCAGCGGCUCAGAGAGCGGAGACUCCGACAGCCGUGGGGUUUACGAGUUCACACAGGACGUGCAGCAUAGCGACCACCGGGACCCAGUACAGCCACCCCUUGCGGUGGGCACGCCAGGCCAGGGCAGGGCACGGCGGCGGGUGGCCUCGGGCAAGCCAGGCAGGCUGGGCCGCCUCUGGGCCACCUUCAGCUGCAAGCUGCACCGCAUCGUGGACAGCAAGUACUUCAACCGCGGCAUCAUGGUGGCCAUCCUCAUUAACACACUGAGCAUGGGGAUCGAGCACCAUGAACAGCCAGACGAGCUGACCAAUGCCCUGGAGAUCAGUAACAUCGUGUUCACCAGCAUGUUCGCCCUGGAGAUGCUACUGAAGCUGCUGGCCUGCGGCCCGCUGGGCUACAUACGGAACCCAUACAACAUCUUUGACGGCAUCAUCGUGGUCAUCAGCGUCUGGGAGAUCGUGGGGCAGGCAGAUGGUGGGCUGUCGGUGCUGCGGACUUUCCGACUGCUACGUGUGCUGAAGCUGGUGCGCUUCCUGCCUGCGCUGCGGCGCCAGCUGGUGGUGCUGGUGAAGACUAUGGACAACGUGGCCACCUUCUGCAUGCUGCUUAUGCUCUUCAUCUUCAUCUUCAGUAUCCUGGGCAUGCACCUCUUUGGCUGCAAGUUUAGCCUGAAGACUGACACCGGAGACACUGUCCCAGACAGGAAGAACUUUGACACCCUGCUGUGGGCCAUCGUAACUGUGUUCCAGAUCCUGACACAGGAGGACUGGAACGUGGUCCUCUACAACGGCAUGGCCUCCACCUCCUCCUGGGCCGCUCUCUACUUCGUAGCACUGAUGACCUUCGGCAACUACGUGCUCUUCAAUCUGCUGGUGGCCAUCCUGGUGGAGGGUUUCCAGGCAGAGGGUGAUGCCAGCAGAUCUGACACAGAUGAGGACAAGACAUCCACCCACUUUGAGGAGGACUUCGACAAAUUCAGAAACCUCCGAGCCAUGGGUUCACCUGCUGACAGUCAGGGCAAGGCCGAGAUGAAGACGUACGCACUGGCGAUGACCCCCAAUGGGCCCCUAGAGGGCCGAGGCAGCCUUCCCCCUCCUGUCAUUGUGCGCACGGCAGCCACGCCUAUGCCAACCCCCAAGAGCUCACCACACCUGGACCCAGCCCCUGGCCUACUGGGCUCACGGCGUGGCAGCGGCAGCUCCACAGACCCCCAGAUGGGGGACCAGAAGUCUCUGGCCAGCCUCCACAGCUCACCGUGUACCCCCUGGGGACCCAACAGCGCCUGGAGCAGCCGGCGCUCUAGCUGGAACAGCCUGGGCCGUGCACCCAGCCUCAAGCGCCGCAGCCAGCAUGGAGAGCGGGAGUCGCUGCUGUCUGGUGAGGGCAAGGGCAGCACCGAUGAUGAGGCUGAUGACAGCAGGCCCAGUGAGGGUGCCCGUACCACCCCGCUGCGGCGCACCGAGUCCCUGGGCCACCGUGGCACGCUCGACCUGCAGUCCCCAUGGACGGCUGCCCUCCUACCCAGCAAGUCCCAUGACUGCAAUGGGCAGACAAUGGCCCUGCCCAGCGAGCUCUUUCUGCGCAUUGACAGCCACAGGGAGGACCCAGCUGAUUGUGACGAUGAUAUGGAAGCUAGCUGCUGCUUCCGCCUACACAAGGUACUUGAGCCCUACAAGCCCCAGUGGUGUCGCAGCCGUGAGUCCUGGGCCCUCUAUCUCUUCUCUCCUCAGAACCGGCUCCGUGUCUCCUGCCAGAGGACGAUCGCUCACAAGAUGUUUGACCAUGUGGUCCUCGUCUUCAUCUUCCUCAACUGCAUCACCAUUGCCCUGGAGAGGCCAGACAUCGACCCUGGCAGCACUGAGCGGACCUUCCUCAGUGUCUCCAACUACGUCUUCACAGGCAUCUUCGUGGCCGAGAUGAUGAUGAAGGUGGUGGCACUGGGCCUUCUGGCGGGUGAGCAGGCCUACCUGCAGAGCAGCUGGAACGUGCUGGACGGGCUGCUUGUGCUGGUGUCUCUGGUCGACAUCGUUGUGGCCAUGGCCUCGGCUGGUGGUGCCAAGAUCCUGGGUGUGCUGCGUGUGCUGCGGCUUCUACGGACCCUGCGGCCUCUGAGGGUCAUCAGCCGGGCUCCAGGCCUCAAGCUGGUGGUCGAGACUCUCAUAUCGUCACUCAGGCCCAUUGGGAACAUCGUCCUCAUCUGCUGCGCUUUCUUCAUCAUCUUCGGCAUUCUGGGGGUGCAGCUCUUCAAGGGCAAGUUCUAUUACUGCGAGGGCAGUGACACCAGGAACAUCUCCACCAAAGCCGAGUGUUGGGCUGCCCACUACCGCUGGGUGCGGCGCAAGUACAACUUCGACAACCUAGGCCAGGCCUUGAUGUCGCUGUUCGUGCUGUCGUCUAAGGACGGCUGGGUAAAUAUCAUGUAUGAUGGGCUAGACGCCGUGGGCGUGGACCAGCAGCCCGUGCAGAACCACAACCCCUGGAUGCUCCUCUACUUCAUCUCCUUCCUGCUCAUCGUCAGCUUCUUCGUUCUCAACAUGUUCGUGGGCGUGGUGGUGGAGAACUUCCACAAGUGCCGGCAGCACCAGGAAGCUGAGGAGGCACGGCGGCGCGAGGAGAAGAGGCUGCAGCGCCUGGAGAGGAGGCGCAGGAGUAAGGCGCUGCCGGUGGUGGCGGAGGCCCAGCGCCGGCCCUACUACGCCGACUACUCACCCACACGCCGCUCCAUUCACACACUAUGCACGAGCCACUACCUAGACCUCUUCAUCACCUUCAUCAUCUGCGUCAAUGUCAUCACCAUGUCCAUGGAGCACUACAACCAGCCCAAGUCACUGGACGAGGCCCUCAAGUACUGUAACUACGUUUUCACCAUCGUCUUUGUCUUCGAGGCGGCUCUGAAGCUAGUGGCAUUUGGGUUCCGCCGGUUCUUCAAGGACAGGUGGAACCAGCUGGACCUGGCCAUAGUCCUGCUGUCCAUUGUGGGCAUCGCGCUGGAGGAGAUUGAGACCAGCGCUGCGCUGCCCGUCAACCCCACCAUCAUCCGCAUCAUGCGUGUGCUUCGCAUCGCCCGCGUGCUAAAGCUGCUCAAGAUGGCCACGGGCAUGCGGGCCCUGCUGGACACCGUGGUGCAAGCCCUGCCCCAGGUAGGGAACCUUGGCCUUCUUUUCAUGCUCCUGUUUUUUAUCUAUGCUGCCCUGGGAGUGGAGCUGUUUGGGAGGCUUGAGUGCAGUGAGGACAACCCUUGUGAGGGCCUGAGCAGGCACGCCACCUUCUCCAACUUCGGCAUGGCCUUCCUCACGCUGUUCCGGGUGUCCACAGGGGACAACUGGAAUGGGAUCAUGAAGGAUACGCUGCGUGAGUGCACCCGUGAGGACAGGCACUGCCUCAGCUACCUGCCGGCCCUGUCGCCUGUCUACUUUGUGACCUUCGUGCUGGUAGCCCAGUUCGUGCUGGUCAACGUAGUGGUGGCCGUGCUCAUGAAGCACCUGGAGGAAAGCAACAAGGAGGCACGUGAGGACGCGGAGAUGGAUGCCGAGAUUGAGCUGGAGAUGGCACAGGGGCCCCCGGCCAGGGCUGAGGCAGAGAGGCCUCCCUCACCCCGGGAAAGCCCAGACACCCCAAGCCUCCUUGUUGUACGCAAGGUGUCUGUGUCCAGGAUGCUCUCGCUGCCCAAUGACAGUUACAUGUUUCGGCCUGUGGCGCCCGCCUCAGCCCGUCACCCUCACCCACUGCAGGAGGUGGAGAUGGAGACCUACGUGAGCAGCAGCCCCUCAGGCACAACCACUGCUGCUCACUCGCCACCCCGGGAGCCCCAUGCCUCUCUCCAGGUCCGCUCAGCCAUGCCCUCCCCAGCCAAAGGCAGCAGUGAUGUUCUCCACAGCCUCUCCCCUCGGGGCAGGCCCUGCUCCCCCAGCCUCAGCCUGCUACUCUGCAGACAGGAAGCUGUGCACACUGAGUCCCUAGAGGGGCACAGUGAUGGCCCUGGGGACAGCAUCCUAGUCUCUGGGGAACCUGAGAAGACUCCGGAGAGGCAAGUGUCCCUGGGUGACUCCCCAGAGCCCACCAGCAUCCCCACCCGAAAGCACACUUUCGGGCAGCACUGCAUCUCCAGCCAGCCCCCAGCACCAGGCAGAGAUGAGGCAGAGGCUGCAGACCCAGCAGACGAGGAGGUCAGCCACAUAACCAGCACAGCUCAUGUCUGGCAGCCUCCGGCCGAGCCCCAUGGUCUGGCCAAAGCAGGCGACGACCAGGCUUUGUGCAGCCUCUACAGCAUCGACACCCAGGGCUUCCUGGAUGAGCCAGGCCAAGCAGACGAGCAGAGGUGGCCCUUGGCAGAGCUGGGCAGUGGGGAUCACAGCCCAGAGCCAGGGGAGGUGAAGGCCCAGGUCCUGGAGGCUGAGCUGACCCUGGGUGCGCGCAGGAAGAAGAAGAUGAGCCCCCCUUGCAUCUCCGUGGAUCCCCCUGCGGAGGAUGAGAGCUCUACCCGGCCCCCCACUGUACCCGGUAGCACCACCCUGCGGCGACGAACCCCCUCUUGUGAGGCUACCCCCCACAGGGAGUCCCUGGAGCCUGCAGAAGGCCUGGGUGCAGGAGGGGACCCUGCAGCCAGGGGUGAGCGGUGGGGCCAGGUCCCUUGCCGGGCAGAGCAUCUAACUGUCCCUAGCUUUGCCUUCAGGCCUCUGGACCUGGGGGGCUCUGGGGGAGACCCUUUCUUGGACAGUGGCCACAGCAUGGCCCUAGAACCCAAAGCUUCCCCCUCAGGGACCACAGCACCUCUGGAACCCCAAGGAACAGAGCCUCCCAUAUCCUCUGGUGACCCCCCAGAGAAGAGGCGAGGACUGUACCUCACCAUCCCCCAGGCCUCUCUGAAGAAGCCAGGGUCCCCCCCAGCCAUGCCUGCCCCUGAGGAUGGUACAGAUGAGCCAGUGUAGGUC